AUGCAGGCGCAGGCACCCACGCUGCGGGCGAGCCCCGCCGCGCCGCGCGCGCCCACGGUGCGCGGUGUUGCUGCCCGCCGCCCCCUUGGGUCCGCCCGCCUCCCGUCCACCCCGGUCGCGCCGCGGCCCCUGAGCGGGCCCUCCGCGCCCAUGCUCCCGCGCUUGCCCGCCCCCGCGCCCCGGCAGCCCGUCGCGGCGCCGGCAGCGGCCGGCGACGCGACGCCGGUGGCAAAGUCCGGGUACGAACAGCUCGUCGAGGUUCUGACGACCAUGUUUCCCGUCUGGGUGUUCCUGGGCGCGGCCAUCGGCAUCAUGAAGCCGAGCGCGGUGGUGUGGUUCUCGAACGACCUCUUCACGUACGGCUUGGGCUUCCUCAUGCUGUCAAUGGGGCUCACCCUCACCUUCGACGACUUCAAGCAGUGCGCAGCCAACCCCGUGCCCAUCGCGGUGGGCUACCUCGCGCAGUACUGCAUCAAGCCGCUGCUCGGCUACGCCAUCGCGUCGACGCUCGGCCUCUCGCCAGCGCUGGCGACGGGUCUCAUCCUGGUGUCCUGCUGCCCCGGCGGGCAGGCCUCGAACGUCGCGACGUUCAUCGCGCACGGCAACGUCGCGCUCUCCGUGCUCAUGACGACCGCGUCCACCAUCGGCGCGAUCAUCAUGACCCCCCUCCUGACGAAGCUCCUCGCCGGCACGCUCGUGCCCGUCGACGCUGCGGGCCUCGCGCUCUCGACCUUCCAGGUGGUGCUGGUGCCCACGGUGGCGGGCGUGCUGCUGAACGAAUACGCCAAGCCGCUGGUGUCGAAGAUCCGCCCGAUCCUGCCGCUCAUCGGCGUCGCGCUGACCACGCUGCUGUGCGCGUCGCCCGUCGGGCAGGUCGCGCAGGUCCUCAAGGACUCGGGCGGGUCCCUCAUCGGGCCGGUGGGCCUCCUGCACGCGUUCGCGUUCAGCAUGGGCUACUGGCUCUGCAAGCUCCUCGGCUUCUCCGAGACGACGUCGCGCACGGUCAGCAUCGAGACGGGCAUGCAGAGCGCCGCGCUGGGCUUCAUGCUCGCCAUGCAGCACUUCAGCGACCCGCUCGUGGCCGUGCCGAGCGCCGUGAGCGUCGUGUUCAUGGCCCUCGGCGGCUCGGGCCUGGCGGUGUUCUGGCGCGGGAAGCCCAUCGACCCUGCCGCGGAAGCAGGCAAGAAGUAG